UUGGUGUUACACCUCCGGUGUGAUUCAGAGACUCGGAGAAGACGUCAUAAGAAACUAACUUUAUCUUUAACUUGACUUCCUCUCCCCGGAGCUGCGUCAUGUCCGGCGCGGUGGCGCGGCUGCUCUUCCUCCCGACGCUCGGAUACAAUCUGCUGAUGGAGAAAGUUUCCCGCCGCCGCUGGUUCGACCGGGUGGACGAGACCGUGGUCCUGGGGGCACUUCCGUUCAGGUCCAUGACGUCACAGCUCGUAGAAACAGAAAACAUCCGAGGAGUCGUCACCAUGAACGAGGAAUAUGAGACCAAGUAUCUGUGUAACUCUGCGGAGGAGUGGCGUGCAGCCGGCGUGGAGCAGCUGAGGCUGAGCACGGUCGACCUCACCGGCGUCCCCAGUCUGCAGAACCUGCACCGGGGCGUGGCCUUCGCCCUGCAGCACCGGCAGCAGGGAACCAGCGUGUACAUCCACUGCAAGGCGGGUCGCUCGCGCAGCGCCACGCUGGCCGCCGCCUACCUCAUCAGGCUCCACCGCUGGACUCCAGAAGAGGCCGUUCGGAGGCUGGCGGCGGUUCGACCCCACGUGCUGGUGCGUGCCGCUCAGCUGCAGAUGCUGCAGACGUUCUACCAGCAGGUGUGUGAACAGUCCAGCUGAGAGCCGGGCAACGUGUGGGCGCCAUCGUGUGGACGCCAUCGUGUGGGCGCCAGCGUGUUCCCAGCAGCUGGACUCAGUGGAGCCAGAGACAUGAAACGAAGCUGCUGGUGAAUGAAUGAAUCCUUCACAUCUUAAUGUGAAAGAUAGAAACACACCCAAUGUUUAAAUCAAUUAGCAAGAGUUUUAUUGGUAAAUAUCAGAUUUCACUUGUUACUUCAUGACACUUCAGUGAGAAGAAAUUAUAGUUUCUAAAUUCAUAACCCUCUCAUUUCAUAAAACGCCAAACUAAAAACAUCUCUACUCUCUGGUUUUAUCACCUGGAGCUAAAACAGAUUAUUUCCGCUUCCUGUUAGUGUCCGACUUUCAGAAUAAAAUGUUUGUGUUGUAACAUUAAAAGUGUCACAUGAUG